AUGCAAGAGAAGAUAAGAUGGGGCAUACUGGGUCCCGGCACUAUUUCGCAGAAGUUUGCCACUGGAUUGAAAGCGAUCCCUGAUGCAGAAAUUACCGCUGUCGGCUCGCGGAACCUCCAAAGAGCCAACGCAUUUGCGGACACGUUUCGUAUCCCACACAGACACGGGAAUUAUGCCGACCUUGCACAUGAUCCCGAAGUAGAUGUUAUUUACGUGGCAACGCCACAUCCUUUUCACAAAGAGUGCGCGAUUCUGUGUUUGGAAGCGGGAAAGGCGGUUCUAUGUGAAAAGCCUCUCACUGUGAAUGCUGAACAGGCUGCGGAGAUGAUCGCAUGCGCACGACAAAAUAACCAAUUUCUGAUGGAAGCCAUGUGGACCCGUUUUCUCCCCGUAAUCGUUAAAGUUCGGGAGUGGUUGGCUGAGGGUGCGAUAGGUGAACCGCGGACGCUAACAGCGGAUCACGCAUCCCGUAAGGUUCUGAGCACUGAGACCCGUGAAGGCAGGCUAUUCAAUCCAGAACUCGGCGGUGGUGGACUUCUGGAUGUUGGGGUCUACACGAUCGCGUUGGCAUAUAUGAUAUUUGGCACACCCUCUAAAAUCACGAGCCUCGCACACAUCGGGGAAACCAAUGUGGAUGAACAAGCCGCUAUCCUGCUCGGCUACGAUGCUGGGCAAAUAGCCAACCUAUUCUGCGCCAUCAGAACCGAGACCUUGAAGGAAGCACGCAUCAUCGGCACCAAAGGGUCAAUCCAUAUCCCCGAAUUCUGGCAAGCGACCUCCGCAACGCUUAUUCGGAUUGGAAAAGAGCCCGUACACAUCGAAAUACCCUUUGAAAGCAACGGCUACGAAAACCAAGCGAUAGAGGUUAUCAGGUGUCUCCGAGAAGGGAAACUUGAAAGUGAUGUGAUGCCGUUGGAUGAAUCCCUAUCCAUCAUGAAGACUAUGGACACUAUUAGAUUCCAAUGGGGAUUGAGAUAUCCAAAGUUUAGUGUGUUAACGAAGGAUCACCCGUUUCUCAAGUCAAUCGACGGCUGCCGCGAGUUCAUACAGAAAGCGUUAGAAGUCCCCCCGUUCGGUGAGUUGUUGCUAUGGGGUAUUGAUGAACUGCUGACCUAUCACUACCUCAUCGCUGAAGUAUUCCGCGAAUCUGAUGUCUCAUACCAGCAAUUUUGGGCGAUGUCGAAAACAGAACAAGCGGAACUGAUUUGGCAGACGCUGUUCAUUGAGAAUUCACCGCUGAGCGAGGCAUGCCGCGGCGUUGUGACGACCUUAGAUGUGUUAGGCUUGGACGUUGGUUCACGAAACCUACAGGACUACCGUGCCUAUUUUGCGGAUACUACCGUCGAGGCAUUUAUCGACACCGUCUUUGAACGCGCGAAAGUCUCUAAAGUGGUGAUGACGAACGAUCCAUUUGAUUCGGCGGAGGCACCGGUGUGGCAAUCCGGCGACACUGGCGACACGCGCUUUGAAGCGGCACUUCGGAUGGAUGUCCUUAUCAAUACCUAUGAAGAAGUCGGUUAUGAACAUCUCCGGGGUCUCGGCUACGAUGUCGAUUCCCAAUCUAUCAACGGAGAAAACCUACAAAGAAGUCCGCCGAUUUUUAGAGACAUGGAUUCAGCGGAUGCGCCCAAAAUACAUGGCGGUCUCUCUCCCACCCGAUUUCCAAUAUCCUGA